AGUGAAUGGAGGCUAAUAAACAACGGAAAGUAGGCGCAGCUAAAAACAACGCUUUCUUCUUUUUUGAUCGGUUUAGAAACUUUAAACACCUUUAUUAUCUUACGAACUUUAGUCGCUGCAGUUAGGUAACAUAACGGUAAGUUUAAGGAGAUGGAUAGUUAUCCCGGAGUCACUGGUGGGGAUUCUUCAAAACAACAAGAGAGACAUUACUACCUGUUAUCUGAACUGCAAACCUUAGUCAAAGAUUUACCAAGCUCCUUCCAGCAGCGCCUGUCCUACAACACGCUGAGUGACCUGGCUCUGGCACUCAUCGACGGGACGGUGUAUGAGAUUGUGCAGGGGCUCCUGGAUAUUCAGCAUCUGACAGAGAAAAAUCUGUACAACCAGAGACAGAAGCUGCACUGUGAACAUCAAGCCCUCAAGCAGGAUCUUGUCCGGAAGCACAAAGACGCUCUGCAGUCUUGCAAGUCUCACAACCUCGCUCUUCUCAAAUCAAACCAUCAGUCAGAGCUGGAUGCUCUGGAAAUCCGUGUGCGAGAGGAGCAAAAAAUGAUGGAUAAGAAGAUUGUGGCAGAAAUGGACCAAAAGGUGAUAGACCAGCAAAACACCCUGGAGAAGGCUGGGGUGCCUGGGUUUUAUAUCACCACUAACCCUCAGGAGCUCACAAUGCAGAUGAACCUACUAGAACUGAUCCUCAAGCUUCAACAGAAGGAGUCACAAUCUGGAGUCCUUUGAGAAAAAGGCCCAAUUUACAAAAGAGAAAAACAACAUGCAAUGACCACAGAUGGUUUAUGCUUACAGUCCAGUGACUGUGAAAUUCAACAUGUGGCAUCAACAACAUGUUCAGGAAAUGUCUAUUCCUUGUUGGUAUGAGUGUAAUAUUCACUUCCAAAUCCGGCAGGAGAGGGCUGGUUCCUGUACGUACAAGUAAGAUGUUUUCAGUCCUGGAGGAGAGCAGUCGCAGUGACAUCACACGUUGUAAAGCACAUAAAUGUCAUGUUACGGACUGUCAGAUUAGGAAGUUGUUGGAAGACAUAUGCGGGUUUAAGCCAGAGAGGGUCAGUGCUUUGCUUAAGGACACAGAGUUUACUGUAAAUGGGAUUAUUGUCCUGACCAUCCUGUGGUGAGAUGGUCUCUCCUCAAAGACUUCCUGAUGCCUUUGGAGAAGUCAUUACCAGAAAAGGAGUAUUUUACUGCUGUGUGUGUACACACACACAGACAGUAACAGUAACUUUCCACACAUACCUCGUGUCACUGUGAAAGUUGUUUGGGCAGAUUGUGCUUUUGUACCUGCUCUUCAUGUAAAUCAGCCACCAGACCCUGGAGAAAUGGACCAACUGCCACUGCCCUCAGGAUGUUGACUUCCAAUGUAUAAAAUAGAAGUAAAAUGUAAAAGGUAUCAGUUCCAGGCAGAUGCCUCCGCUUUGAGAAAACUUCUUCUUUCUGCAGCUGUUGUGCUUUUAUCUGUUCAGUUUGUUUUAGUUGUGUUGGUACUUAGGGUGCAAAUUAAAUGUUGAGUGAACCCCUUCACGUUCA